AAUAAAUUUCUUUUUGAUUCAUACAACUUCGUAAAAUUCGUUCAAGUUUAUUUUUAUUUAUUUUUCUAAUUUUGUGAAUGAAUCCAGUCUAAUUUUUUCUAAUAUCUUGUCUACUACUGGGUAUUGGUUUAUUACAGUGUAAAAAUGUAAAAUUGUAAAGAAAACCCCAAAUACUAGCGCAAAACAAUUUAUAAUUUACUUUAGUUUACAUUUGUCCCAUAAACUACGAGAUGAUGGCAGCUACGAAAUUGUUCAGGACCACUUUGACACUAGGAAAUCGUUACAUCUCGAACUUACCUUGUAAUCAAGGCAUAUUGUCAAUUUCACAUUCGAGAUUUAAGCCAGGAAAUCAAUCUUACAACAGAAGUUAUGGGAGUAUUUAUGAGCCUGAAUAUUUAGAUGCCAAAGUUGUCGAAAUUCCAGCGUACGACCUACUAAACAUCCAACUAAAGGGGUAUGAUUUCCCUGUAUUAGAAAAAUACGGCAAAUAUGUCCAUCACACGGCUGAAAGGUUUGGAAUUACUGUAGAAGCAGCAUGGCCACAUCCCUGCAAAAAACUUAGAGUAACCAAAUUGAAGCCGGAAAGUACUGCAAUUGACUGCGAGUAUCCACUCAAUAUUUAUGAACGCACCGUUCAAAUGUCUGAUGUGCCGUCUACUCUAUUGCCAGUGUUAAUCAACGUUGUUGAAGCUGCACUUCCGGCUGGAGUUACGCUCAGGGUCCACCCCCACCUCCCAGAAUAUACCGAAGAUCGGUUUGUUCCUGACUUUGAACUUUUAAAGCUCAAAACCGAGUUGGAUGAUAUGAAGGGGGAUAAGAAAUAAAUUAUGUUCUUGAAUGUCAAUAGUCAAAUUUGCUACUAUAAUCUACUAGACUAAGUACAUUAUUAAUAAACUACUGAAUUAAUUUGUUUUCAUAA